AUGAAGAAAGGUUAUAAAGCUUUAUGAAAAUCAAUCAUAAGACCUCCAAGAGAAACAUACAGCGAUUUUGAUCUAGGUCCAUCAGAAUUCACAUUAAGUGGAAAGCCUUAUAAGCGCACAGAUUUUUCCCUGGCAAAUAUCAAUGGAUAUUGAAUGAAGUGCUCUCAUUUUGAGCCUUUCGAUUCAGAAAGAACCGCAGACCUACUGCCAUGUGUAAUAUACUUACAUGGAAACUCAAGCUCAAGAACAGAAGGGUUAGUUGCAGUUCCUCUUAUUCUUCCUAUGAAUGCAACACUAGUCGUUUUUGAUUUCGCAGGCUGCGGCAUUUCAGAUGGAGAGUAUAUAUCGCUAGGGUGAAAUGAGCGGCACGACCUAAGAAAACUUAUAACUUAUCUUAAAGAAAAUAGAAGAGUUGGAAAAAUUGGACUAUGGGGAAGAAGUAUGGGCGCUGCAACUGCUAUUUUCUAUGCAUGCGCCAAUGAUGAUAUACAUAGUAUGGUUCUAGAUAGUCCUUUUGCUUCAUUAAAAGAAUUAGCAACUGAACUAGGCAGUAACUAUACCAGACUGCCCAAUUUUGUGAGAAAACUUCUUUAUAGUAUGAUAAGAAAAACAGUUAAAAAGAAAGCAAAAUUUGAUAUAAAUGAAAUAAAUCCUAUUGAUCAAAUAGAUACGUGUAUUCAACCAGCUUUAUUUGGUGCAGGAAUUCAAGAUUUAUUCGUAAGGCCACACCAUACACAAGAUUUGUAUGAUAAAUAUCAAUAAUUCAAUUAUGGUGCAGUUAUAAUUUUCUCGUCUCAACCAAAAAUUUUUUGUUGUUGCAUAUUUUAUUAUGAGGUUUGGUUUUAUUUACUCCCCCCCUCCGUGAGUGAACAAAAAUUUUUUUAAUACAAAAAUUUUUUAUGGAAAAAAAAAUUUUGAUAUAUAAAUGAUAAUUAGUAUAAUGAAAUCUAGAGCUAAUUCUGUUUAAUUUUAAACGAAUUGCUUUUUAAAACAUAAAUUUUAUAAAUUAAAUUAAUAUUUGCUUUCCAAUUUUUGCGAAUUAGGAUUUUUUUAAAUUUCGAAAAAAAAUAAUUUUUAUAUAAAAUUUAUAUAUAAAUUUUUUUUAAACAAAAAAAAAUUAACCCCCCUCCAUGACUGAACAAAAUUUUUUUGUUCACUCACGGAGGGGGGGGAGUUAGCGAAUUAUUCAGGCAAUAAUGAGCUUGAAAGUCCUGCGAUACAUAUCACCAGAUGGCCAUCCUGAGUUAAAUAGAAUUUUCUGGUAAUACCAACUUUUGGCUGUGUAAACUUAGACCUUUAGCAUACCUGAAGGGCAUUGCCAACAGCCUGAAGGGCAGCCAUUGAAAUCCAAAAGUCUGAAGCCUGGGGACUAUUUAGAUCAAGACCAAAUGGCACCUGACGUGUGGUCGGUGGUAGCCUGAAAAAGAACGGAAGCAAUGUGAGUAAUGCAGUAAUGGAUGUGAAACAUGGCAUCUACCCACUUUAAUUUAAGAAAGAGCAAACAUAUAAAUAUCCAGGAGAAAAGGAUAUAAUUUUAUUUGAAGGAGAUCAUAAUUCAAUAAGGCCAAAAUUUUUCCAUGAAUCCGUAUCUAGAUUUUUUUACUUAACGCACAAUUUAAAAAUGUCAGUUAGAGGUAGGGCUCAGGUCUGACAUCCGAGCUCAGUGAGAGAACUCCAUAAAUUUUUGAGAGUCUUAGUUCAAGAGAAUGGGUCUAACUGAGUCUGGUGAAGAUCAGAGAGGUCCUAAGGGGCUUGGGGACAGAAAUAUGCCUACUGUUAGGUUGGCCCACCUACCAUUAUUCAGAGCUGUGAUCCAAGCUGAGGCCAAUAAGUACGGGACUUGAAGAGUUAUCUUAAUUUUACUUAACACUGAUGUGUGAUCAACUGCCUGAAACACUAAAAUCAGCGAUUCCAGAAUUUAAUGGUAAAGUAUCACAAGGUGAAGAUUUACUAAAAGAAAUGAAAGAAGAUGAAGAAGCCAUGCUGAAGUGGGCUCUUGACGAAUCUGUAAAGCUGAUGAGGGAGCAAAAAGAUCCUGAAUAA